GAAGAUGAAACUACGACGAUGACGAUGACGACGAUGCAAGCAAACUAAAGUAGAACCAACGAACCAAGUAGAUCCGAUACAUACAAUAUUACAACUAGUAUAAUCACGUAGGUCUACAAAUAGUCAAGUGAGUUUUAUUUCGUGGUGAACAGCAUCUAGUCGCAGUAGAUAAUUAAUCUUAUCAUAUACGCAAAAUAUAAUAUCUCGUUAUAUUAGUUAUUUAAAACUAAGCGGUCAAAAAAUAAAUAAAAAAUGUCCUGUGCUAUAGGAUGUAUCAGAUGGCUACUAUUUAUCUUCAAUUUUAUAUUUUCUCUAUGUGGCCUAGCACUUAUAAUUCCUGGAGUAAUUGUUCAUUUGAAUAUUAAAGAUUUGUCAACUGAGAUGCAAGAAAAUGUUAUGUUUCCAGUAAUUGCUAUUAUUGUUAUUGGGAUUGUAAUUUUUGUAAUUGCAUUUUUCGGAUGCUGCGGUGCCAUUAGAGAAAGUCAUUGUAUGACUGUUACUUUUGCCGUCCUGCUUCUAACGAUUUUAGUUAUUCAAAUUGGUAUUGCAAUUUUCGCUUUUAUUAAAUUAAAAGGAUUUGAUAGAAAAUCAUUUGACCAGACUUAUGGUGAAAUUUUCAAUGAUUACUGGAAUGAGAGUAAAAAACAAGAUCGGAUAUUCAUAGAUGUUGUUCAAACUGCUCUGAGUUGUUGUGGUGUUGAUGGACCUGGAGAUUUCUCUUCCUCAAGACCAGGAUUUAAUGGUUCAAUUCCAUUAAGCUGCUGUCCAUUAAAUUUGCAGCAACCUAAACAACAAUUUUGUAAUGAACAUCCAUAUAAGAGUGGAUGCUCAGAGAAUGUAGCAAUUUUCUUUGAAUUUGCUGGAAAGCUGCUUGGUGGUAUUGCUCUAGGAAUUGCCGGCAUUGAACUCGUUGGUAUUAUAUUUGCUCUAUGUCUUGCUAAUUCCAUACGUAAUGCUGAUCGUCGAGCGUACAGAGUUUAGUUUUUGGGUUUGAGAAUAUUAUCAUAACAACUCUAACUCAGAUUAAGAUUAAGAUCAAGAUCAAAAUUAAAAUUUUUCUUAUUCAUUGUGUAAAACACAUACUACAAGUAUUUACCAACAGCCAUAACUUGUGGUAAUAAGCUUAAACUAAUUCAUUUAUAUACAUAUAUGUAUAUAAUAUGCAAAGUUCAUUUAUUCAAUUAGAUAUUUUCUAACACAAUUAACGAUCCAACAAAAUAAAUAUACAUACCUAUA